AUGCUUUCCGCGGAUGGCGCCGACAUCGACGAUACGCUAGCUCGCUACGGCGAUACGGAGUCCCCUGCUGGGCUCCCGGGCAGCGACCUCAAUGAACGAGGCCCUCGGAUGCUUGUCGACGUCAGUCCGGCAACUAGCUUCGCGGAGAUGGGACACACCGCCGCGGCCAGCUUUACACUGAACUAUCUACAGACCAUGGCCCUUCAACUCGUUUGCCGGUUUCUGGACAAGUAUACUGCCAAUCCGGACUCAGCCGGUCAGCAUCUUCAAUACACCGGCGGGCCGGGUGGCACGGGAAAGUCGAGGAUUAUCGAUGCCCUGAAGGACGUGUUCGCGGCGAGGAACCAGCCGCAUCUUCUGCAGAUAACCGGCACGUCGGGCAGUUCGGCGGCCCAGAUUGGCGGCACGACCAUCCACUCGGCCUGUGGGUUGGAUUCCCAUCGCGAUCCAAACAAACCGCCUCCCCCCUUCUCGGAGGCGAAGAAGUGGAUCUGGAAACAGAAGCUGGUGCUCGUCAUUGACGAGGUCAGUAUGCUGGGAGGAGCCACUCUGCACAACGUCAGUCAUUACCUGCAGGCACUCCGUGACUGUCCGGACGAACCGUUUGGCGGGAUGCCCGUCGUUCUACUGAUGGGAGACUUCUACCAGUUCGCCCCGUGCGAGACAAGCCUACUGAUCAUCAGACCGCCGGACCGAACAGAGACCCCCUUGCGACAAGCGACCAUAUCUCACCACAGCGGCUGCAGAUUGUGGCAUCUGUUCAAAACCGUGGUGCUCCUCGAAGACCAAGUCCGCGCACGCAACGAUCCCCAGCUCCGUGCACUCCUGGAUCGAGUUCGUAACGGGCGCCAGACCCAUGAAGAUCUGAGCUUGCUCAAUGCCAACAUUGUAGGACGCUCGCAAAUCACCUUCCACGAUGGUUUGCGCGCUAUAACGCCGCUGAACCGCACCCGGUGGGCCCUCAACAUGGAAGCUGUUGUGGGCUGGGCGCGCUUCAACAAGCGGCACAUCCGUAUCUUUGUCUCGACUCACACCUGGCGCAACGGCACGCUGUCUCCAAACCUCAUAGCGCGAACCAUCGGACAAGGCGACGACUCUGCCUGCAAAGUCCCCGGCGUCUUCUUCUACGCCCAGGGCAUGCCCGUGGUUGUGAACAAGAACAUCUACACUGGCCUGAAGGUGGUGAAUGGGGCUGACUUUACUGCCGUGGACGUGAUAAUCGAUCCCAAUCACCCGGGAUACUGCUUGGCAGAUGGCGUGACCAUCCACUUCGGGCCGCCGCUCGGCAUUCUUCUGCAGUCCGAGGAGACGAAGACCUUGGCGAUACCGUCCCUCCCGGUGGGGACAGUACUUAUCCGGCCCAUGUCGCAUACACUUGAUUCGACUAACUCUCACUUCAAGUUCUUAUCCGCAAGAUGCACGCGACGUGGACUGCCCGCUGUACCAGCGUUCGUUCUCACUGAUUACAAAGCCCAGGGUAAAACAUUCGUCGAAGUACUGUUGGAGCUGCGUGGAAAUCGUGUGACCAAUGGUGAACCCUCCAAGUGCGAUUUUACGAGCCUCUAUGUGCAACUAUCCAGGUGCACCUCGCUUCGGGGCAUCAAGCUUCUUAAUCCCGUGAGACACCAUGACUUCAUUGGCAAUGGGCUCGAUCAGGCCAUUCUUGAUGGAAUGCAGAGACUCAAGAACUUGGCCGCGGAAACGAGACGGUUAUACAAGGACCAAGGUUUCGAAAAGUAG